AGCAAUUUAAAUUAAAAUGUCAUGGAAAAUAAUUAAUAAAAAUUAAAAAAAGAAAUCUAUUACAAGCAAAAUUUAAAGUAAAAAAUAUCAAAAAAUUUUUAACAAAAUAAGCAGAUUGAAAUUUGGAGAGAAAAUCAACAACUAACAAAGAGCCGAAUCGAUCUUCAUUGGCUGAUUGUAGGUUUGAGUUACUAUGCUCAGGCUGUAAUGAAAAACUGUAUAUGUGAACCAGGACCUACUGGUGAUCAAGGUCCCAACGGAGAUCAAGGGCCAAAAGGCUUUAAAGGCAGUCAGGGUAAUCGUGGCGAUACAGGUCCUGCUGGUCCAACUGGACCUAGAGGUCCAAGAGGCGAAAGAGGAGCUCGAGGUGCUGAUGGUGGUAAUAGAGGUCCUAAAGGUCCUCGAGGUCCUCGUGGUCCUAACACACCUUGUCCACCAGAAUGUUUAGCACAACCCAGAACAUUUGUUGGACGUAGCAUUGAUUCUUUUGAACCUCAUACCAUAUAUAAAGUCACGAAAGAAGGUGAAAUGCAACCUAUACGAAAACUGCAACCAACACCGGCUUUGCGUGCCAUUAUAGAAAUGAUAAAGGCUGAGAAUUUAAAAAAUUUCCUAGAUGAUGAUGAUGAAGAUGAUUUUGAAAACUAAAAAAAUUCUGUUAUGAAAAUUUUAAAUAAAUAAUUAAGAAUAUUUAGAAAAAAAUAUAUAAAAUAU